CCUCUGGGUUUUAUAAACAUAAACCAUUUAUAAACCCUACACUGAAACUCCUUCCCUGAGACACUCCAACGAUGAAAAAGCAACGGCAACAAUCAACCGAAGAAUCAAUGGAAGAAUCCACCGACGCUACUACCUCAUUCACCGGUGAAUCUGAUAUAUGCCAACAGCUCCUAGACCGUUACGGCAAAUCCGCCGCAUCUCAACACCGCCACCUCUGCGCAACUGCUGCGGCUACCCGCUCUAUCAUACAAUCCGAAUCUCUGCCCCUCACUCCCCUCUCUUACUUCGCUGCCACCAUUGAUGCCCUCUCCGAUACCUCUAAAACAACCCAUGACGCUGAUGCAGUCUCCGCGUUGUCAUCGUUUUUGGCAAUUGUGCUGCCUCUGGUUCCCGAGAAGUCUAUAGCGACGUCCAAGGCGGCUGAGGCUGCGAAGAUCGUGGUUGACCUGGUGGAUAAUCCUUGUGAGGGUUUGUCAGUUUCGAGUGUGAGGGCCUUGGUCAAGUGUUUGGGGGUGUUGCUAGAUUUUUGUGAUUUGGACGAUUGGAAGUCUGUUCAACUAGGUUUCCAGACACUUAUGAAGUAUUCGAUAGAUAAACGUCCAAAGGUCAGAAAAUGUGCUCAAGAUUGUGUAGUGAAAGUCUUCAAGUCUUUCCAAUCUUCUCUUGUCAAGAAAAGUGCAAGCAAGCUGUUUUUUAAAUCAUUCGAAACUUAUAUGUCGUUGGCAGUUGAAACAGUUUCUUCAAGAUCAACAGACGGGUCUAAAGAUGAUAAAUUUUCAAAAUGUGAACAGUUAGAGGCUCUUCACAUGUUAAAUCUGUUGAAAUUUCUGGUCCCUUGUUUACCAAGCAAAGAAAUAUCAAAAACUGUUGUAGAAUUACAAAAAUCUAUAAGUGCAAAGUUUUCACCAUUAACGAGGCAUGUUUUUGAUGUUAUGGAGGAAAUACUUCGAUUAUUGGAAGAUGAAUCUACAAUUCCUGAUACCUUAGAAAUAGUAACAACACUUGCUUCAUAUAUAUCUACAAAACAGAACCCAGUAGACACUCUUUUUUCUGCAGCAGCUCUACUUGAGAAUUUUCUUACCAAAUUUCAAGUUGGAGAUGCAAACAAAUGGAAUAGCCAUUACUCCUUAGUCAUUGGUUCUAUAGCAGGUCUUCUGACAUCUGAGGCUACAGCUACAAAGGCUUCAAAUAUUCUAAAAGAAAUGAUAAACCGUCAUAUUGAUCUAGAUAUCCUCACAGAUGAAAAUAAUGUUGAAUCCAAGGAAUCAAGAAUAGUUAAAUCCUUAUGUGAUGCACUUCUAAAAAUUCUGAAUACCCAUAAAGGAACUCCAAAUGAGCAUACUUUGGCUGUCAUUUCUGUUUUAUUUCUCAAACUUGGGAAGAUUUCUCAUAUUUACAUGGAGAAAAUACUUCUAAAGCUUGCCAGUUUUAUGACACUUGCAUCUGAAAAUACUUCUGAUGUAAAGCAUCUUCAACAGUGCAUCGGGUCUGCUGUAGUUGCUAUAGGACCAGAUAAACUACUUGCAGUGUUACCUAUCUCCCUUGAUGCCAGUGAUCUCACAUGCUCAAAUACUUGGUUGAUACCAAUUUUGAAGGAGUAUGUUAAUGGAUCAUCUUUGGGGUUCUUUAUUGAAAGUAUAGUGCCUAUAGCUGAAUCUUUCCAAGAAGCAUGCCAAAAAGUUAAAAAGUCAGCAAUUAGAGAACAAUUGCAGUCCCAAGCACGUGGCUCUUGGGGUCUAUUGCCUUCCUUCUGCUGCUAUCCAAACGACACGUAUAAAAAAUUUGGAUCCUUGGCUAAACUUCUCAUUCCACACAUCAAAAAGGAUGCGAUUAUGCUCGAGUAUAUUGCCAUUGCAUUGCAGCAUCUUGUGAAGCAGAAUAGGAGCUUUCUUGGUGAUAAUCAGGGUGAUGAUGAAGCUUCUAAGCUUCCAAAGAUUAGUUACUCUAAAAAAAUUGCAACCAAAAACAUCAAAGCUUUGUCAUCAUGGUCAGAGGGGUUAUUGAAAGCUUUUACAAAAGUUCUUUUUAGAGUGCCAUUCGAGAAGCGCGCUUUUGUAAAGGACACCAUUAAAUGCUUGGCAUCUAUAAGUGAAUCUUCAACAAUAAAAGCAAUUUUUGUUUCAUCACUUAAAAGAAAAGAGGUGGAUGUUUCUGGAGAUAAUGCAAAAGAUGAUAAAUCCUCUUCAAAGAAAAAUGCAAAUAAGUGUCUGAUACUUGAGCUAGCAUCAUCUGUUGUUGGGACAGCUAGCAUGGAUCUCAUUGAUCUCAUAUAUAGCUUUAUCAAGGAGAGUUUGAAGGAAGAGGAUGACCACAUCCAGAGGGAAGCAUAUGCCACCCUUUACAAAAUUUUGGAGGAAUCUUCAGAGUUUCGUUCUUCAAAGUUUGAGGAACUUAUGGAUUUGUUACUUGGUUUGAAGUCCCCUGUUGAUAUUACUUCACUUAGAUGGAGAUUUUCGUGCUUCAAGAACUUGUUAAUUCAUUCUAUCGAGAUAACUUCUGAUGGAGAGAACACUUAUGGUUUUCGUAUGCUGAAUGAAAUUAUAGUCACACUAAAAGAUUCCAAGGAAGAAAGUAGAAAAGUGGCAUAUGACAUUCUUAUAGGAAUGAGCUGUACCUUGCAAAAAACACCAUCUUCACUCCAAAAAGAAAAAGGACCUUAUUAUGAAUUUGUCACCAUGAUAAUGGGGUAUCUCUCUGGGUCUUCUCCUCACAUAAAAAGUGGUGCAGUCUCUGCAUUAUCUUUAGUGAUAUAUAACGACUCCAAAAUUUGCAAGUUGAUGCCCGAUCUUGUGCCAUCCAUUCUAGAAUUGCUGCAUAGUAAAGCCAUUGAAGUUAUAAAAGCUGUUUUAGGUUUCCUCAAGGUGUUGGUUUUGAGCCUUGAAGGGAAAGACUUGGCAAGUCUUCUGUCUGAUAUCCUGAGUGGUCUUCUGCCAUGGUCAUCUGUUUCUCGCCAUCAUUUCAAAUCUAAAGUGACAGUGAUCCUGGAGAUCAUGAUGAGAAAAUGUGGUUCUGCAUCGGUCAAAUCUCUUGUACCUGAGAAAUACCGAGAUUUCGUUAAGGAUGUUCUGGAGAAUCGUGAAGGAAAGAAAAAUUCACAGGAAGGUGUGACAACCAAAACGGAUCACGAAUCAUCUGAUACAACUCCAAACAGUGGGGAAAAGAGGAAGCCUAAUGAAGAAUAUUCAAGAGAAAGUGGAAAGAGGAAGAGGGAGGAUAAACACAGCAGCUCAUCAUAUGGGGCUCGUAAGUUUUCACGAGGAGGAAAAGAUGUUGAUAGUAGUAAGAAACAUUUUGGUCAUGCAAAAUCUAUGGAUGGAAAGUCACAAGGCACCAAAAGGAAAACCACAACUUCAUUUAAAAAUCAUACUUCAUCUUCAUCAGGCGCAAAGAAACAGAAACAGUGGACAAGAAAAGGAAACAAGAAAAAUGCACCUGUUACCUGAACAACAAGAAGAAAACAGUUGGAAAGUUGAAAAGCCUGAAAUUUAAUAUAUAUAUUUUGGGUUGAUUAUGGGGGGCCCAUUUGGAGUGAAGGCAUGAUGGGUCAUCUUUCCGGAUGUAGAUGUAUCAUGUAUGUGAGAGAUUCUUUUAUGAUCCUAACCAAUUUAUACAAGACUAAGAAGAGUAGGUCGUACAUGUACCACAGUUUUGAAACAAAACAGAAUUCCAUUCCAUAUAUGUAUCAUGAACCAUUUAUCAUAUUUUUAAAAUCAACCAUUUAGCAUUUGAAAACAAAA